UAGACCGCUGCCAACGGCUGGCUCGCAGUGACUCCAGCCCGGGCGCGAUCGGCUGGUGGACUCACAGACGCUUUUCGUAUAUAAUGGUUUCGUGAAUAACUUCAUCGGUGUGCACCAGACAGAAUCUCACACAAACCGAAACUGAUCUCACGGAUAUAAUUGCCUUAUUUAAAACUUUCGCUCAGCGUCAACGAAUAAUUUCAUCAACUGCAUAAAGUGCUGUGCUGUGGAAGUUAUAAUUGCCAGGCGGCGGCACAGACCAACUCAACAGGCUACGUGUGAACUGGGAUGCUAAUUGGAUGGAGCUGAGCAGAAGAGAAGUGCCUCUGUAUGGGCAGGUGAAGGUCUAUGCCACGCUGCAGACCUCAGAUCCUGUCCCAGAGGAUGCAGAGGUCUACAUCGUGCUGGAGGGGUCUACCCUGGACCACAUCACUGUAGCCCAGAGGAGCAGCAAGGGAUGCAUGCUGGGAUUUGUAGUCCCAGGUCAUAACCUGUUGGAGACGGUGUCGGCCUCAGUGUACCUGUACACAGAUGAAGGCCCGGUCUCGUGCCAGCUGAGGGCCAGUCUGGCGUACGUGCAGGACGAGGCCCAGGAGCUGUCUGAGUUCCUGCUGACUCAGGGCCACCAUCUGAGCGUGUGCGACUCCCAGGCCGUGCUGCGCAGGUGGGGCCUGCAGGAGGAGCUUCCCCGGCGCAGAAUGGACCGGAGCGUCACUCGAGCCAUGGCCAACCUGGCCUUCCCCUACGCCUGGAACGUCCUGGGCUCCCGACCGGGAGAGGUACUCAGGCCCAGGGAGUCUCUGCUCCACCUGGCCGUACGCCUGGGGUUCCUCCACCUCUCUGAGCUGCUCCUCCUCCAGCCGGGGGGAUUGAUGGCUGUGACUCUGCCCAAUGAGGAGGGGGCCACACCCAUGGAGCUGGCCCAGGGGGCGGGGCAUGGGGCCCUGCUGGAGCUGCUCUCCAACCCCCCCAGCCCCCUGGUCUCGCCCCUGGGUGGGGUGUCCCAGGUGUGGGCCGAUGGCUCCAGCCUGCUGCGCUUCCACCAUGAGCCCCAAGCCCUGACCCUGACGCUCCGCCGCGGCCCCCAGAGACACCCCGGGGCCCACAUCCUGCUGCUGAGGAGCUGCCUGAGGGACACAACCUUCCUGAAUGAGAUCAAAGCUCUUAAAGGAAGUGGGCUAAAGAACGACAGCAGGAAAGAGGCUGAUGAAGGCAGUGCUGGUGACAGAGGUUUGUCCACAGAGCUGUGUGAAAAAGACAAUGCAGCAUCUGACAGCGUUUUCGAGGAGCAGCUCAUACUCUCUCUGGACGAGGAGGAAGAGUCCUCACCGCCUGACUCUGAGAAGAAUCAGUUGGUGUCCUUCACCACACCCCCACUGCAGUCCACGUUCUCAGCUGCAGCCCGGCUGUCUGCCAUGCUGAACGGGACGCAGCAAGACGGUCCCAGCACCAUGCAGGCAGAACAGGUGGCUGAUCUGGGUGUGAAGUAUGGCAUCGGCGGAGGGACCGUGGAGGGAGGUGCCCUCACAGAAAGCAGAGGAUUGGACAUCAGGAGGGGAAGUCCCAGCGACGUGCCUGCCCACUUCCUGUCUCCCAUGGUGCACCAUGGCGACGGGGGGAGAGGCGCCAGCCCCCACAGGGAACAAUCGCCCCCCCCUCCUUCCUUCCCCCCUCCUCCUCCCCCAGACCUGCCUCUGGCUGGGCUGAGCCACCCAUCUCUCACCGACCUGCUCACACAGAGAGGAAGCCCACCGCUGCAGCCGUUUGCUCUGAGCCCCCAUCGGCUGGCUCUGGAGCUGGACAGCGAGGAGGACGAUCUCCUGGAGAGGACCCCCCUGUCCCAGGUCCCCUCACUCCCACAGCCGGAUCGUGUCCUGCAGGAUAACAGUGGGGACGAGCAGGACUCUUUAAAUACUUCCCCCAACCUCAACUGCAGCCGGACCCAUUCCUCCUCCUGCAGCCAUCCUCUCCCAAAGGAUUUUGGGGACACAGGUGGUCGUUUGCGCUCCUACUCAUACUCCACACCGAAGAUCAGCCUGGUGCACUCCCGUUUUGCCCUGAACAACGCCAUCACCAACCUCAGCGAAGAACAGCGUGCCCUCAGCUUGCCUGAACAGCCUAAAGAGAAAAGGGAAUCAGGUAUCAGGUUCCGUAAGCGGGCGCAGUCGGCGGAGGAGGAGGGCUCCCUGCAGCACCUCACCCUCUCAGAAUUCCUCAAAGAAAUCGAAGACGAGGAGUGGGAUAAGUAUAUCAUCCCCUCCAAGGCGGAGUCGGAGAAGUACAAAGUGAGCCGAACCUUCAGCUUCCUGAAGAGCAGGAUGUCCAGCACUCGCAACAAGAACAAGGUGAAGGGAAAAGAGAAGGAGGGAAAGGAGAAGGCGGUGAAUGGGCACCAGUUCGCCCCAGGACCAGGCUCAGGUCUGUGCCUGGUCUGUGAGAAGCCGGCUGCAGGGAAGGACCUCCUGCAGUGCUCCAACUGCGCCAUGAAUGUCCAUAAAAGCUGCCGAGAUUCUGCCACAGCGUGUAUUAAGAAGCCUCAGGAUAAAUCUGUGGUAACGAUGAAAAACAAGACAGCCACUCUCCCGCAAAGUUCAGCAGCGAGGGACAGUCCAGCCUCUCCAAUAAGCUCCUCGACCUCCCUCCCCACCAUCACACCCAGAGACAGGAAUCCGCCCACCCCCCUCUGUAAGAGCCUAUCCACCCCCACAGAUCGGGGUCUGAGUGACGGUGAUUCUGAAACCAGUGUUUGGAGGAGCGGAUCUCAGCCUGAGGUGACCCUGCAGAUCGCAGAGUCUCCACCCAACCCAAACUGCUUCAUCACUGCAGAUGCUGUGGAUGGCCCACUGCGCAGUGACCUCAGGGCCGAUUUAGUGGACUAUGAGGCGGAAUCCUGGAGUCUGGCAGUGGAACACAAGUUCUGCAAGAAAUAUGAUAAACGGGUCAUAAAGAGACAGGAUGUGAUCUAUGAGCUGAUGCAGACGGAGACGCACCACAUGCAGACCCUGACCAUCAUGGCGGAGAUCUUCCGGAAGGGCAUGAAGGAGGAGCUGCAGCUGGACCCGCACACGGUGGACAGGAUCUUCCCCUGCCUGGACGAGCUCUGCCACAUCCACCGGGGCUUCCUCUGCUCCAUGAAGGAGCGCCGGCAGAGCAGCACCCAGGAGGAAGGCAGCAGGAACUUCCUCAUCCACAGGAUUGGAGACAUCCUCCUGCAGCAGUUUUCAGAUGACAACGCGGCGAGGAUGAAGCAGGUGUACGGGGAGUUCUGCAGUCACCACACAGAGGCGGUGAGCUUCUUCAAAGAGCUCCAGCAGCAGAAUAAAAAGUUCCAAGCCUUCAUCAAACAACAAAGUAAUAACUCUUUGGUGAGGAGAAAGGAGAUCCCAGAAUGCAUCCUACUUGUAACUCAGCGCAUCACCAAAUACCCUGUUCUGCUGGAGAGGAUACUGCAACACACCCAGGAGGGUACAGAGGAGCACGCUGACCUCACCAGGGCCCUGGCCCUGAUCCGUGAUGUCAUCGCGGCCGUGGACCAGAGGGUCAGCGAGUACGAGAAGGAGCAGAAGUUUCUGGAAAUUCUGAACCGCAUGGAGAACAAGAGCUUCGCCAAGCUGAAGAGCGGGCAGGCCUUCCGGAAGCAGGACCUGCUGAGCCGCACGCGGGCGCUGAAGCACGCCGGGCUGCUGUGCUGGAAGACCGCCACCGGGAGGCUCAAGGAUAUCCUGGCUCUGCUUCUUACUGAUGCUGUGAUAUUCCUGCAAGAAAAGGACCAAAAAUAUAUCUUUGCUGCUGUGGACCAGAAGCCCCCGGUAAUCUCGCUGCAGAAACUGAUUGUGCGGGAGGUGGCCAAUGAGGAGAGAGGGAUGUUCCUGAUCAGCGCGUCGGCCGCUGGCCCAGAGAUGUACGAGGUCCACACCAGCUCCAGGGAGGAGAGGAACGCCUGGAUGAGGCUGAUCCGGGAGGCCGUGGAGAGCUGUCCUGAGGAAGAGGAGGAGAGAGUCAGUGAGUCUGAGGAAGAUCGGCGGGCAGCUGAAGCUCGCACCCAGAAGAUCCAGAGGCUACAAGAGACACUGAGUUCGCAGGAUCAACAGAUCUGCGCGGGAUUGGAGGAGAAGCUAAAGAUCUACGCGGAGUUGGCGGGACUGAGUUGCAGUGAGGAGCUGCUCUCUGAAACCCAGCUGCUCGUCCAGCCCGACUCCGAGGAGGUUCCCCAGGCAACAGCGCUGCUCACUGCUGCUCUCAGAGAGGCGGAGAAGCUGACCGCCACUCUGACCUCCCAGUCUGGCUCCUCCCCCCUGUCUCAGGAGAGUCUGGCUGAACCCGCCUCCCCCACAAAACUGUCCAAUCACAGCAGCUUCAGCAGCAUCCAAGAAUCGCCCACUGAAUCGGAUUAUCUGACCACCCAAAGCUUGAGCUCACUGUCCAUGAUGUCAGACAGUGAGAGCAGAGACAUGGAGUGGACUGAUGCCGUGAUUCUCCAGUCUCUGACUGAACUCCAGAAAGGGGAUGUCAGCAGCAUUGAUUUAAAGGUAGCUCACAGUGUCCAGAGUCUGACCCAGUUACUCUACAGUCUACAGGCCGCAGUGACGAUCCAGGACAGCUGUUACCAGGUGCAGAAGCUGCUCCUGCAGGAGGCAGAGCGGCCGGCUGCCCCCGGUGGCCACGGGAGGGCGGUGCAGGAGGGGGCGGGGCUGCGGGAGGAGGGGGCGGGGCUGCGGCGGGAACAGGCCGCCCUGCGUCGGGAUCAGCAGCGCUGGGAGAGGCAGUGCGAUGCGCGGCGGGAGCAGCAGGGCGCGCAGGAGAGCCGUCUGCAGCAGCGGGAGCGGGAAUGCCUCCUGCAGGCCGAGCAGCUGCAGCGGGAACGCCGGGAGAUGGAGGAGCAGCUGCAGGAGUACCAGCUCGGCCUGGAGCGCCUCCGCCAGGGCCAGCGGCUCGUAGAGCGGGAACGCCGGGAGCUGGAGGAGCAGCAACGCCUGCUGCAGAGCGGGAAGAACUGCCAGAGCCGCGCCCUGGAGAACCACCAGGGAUCCAGUCAUGGGCGGUCAGACAGCUUUGAUGCAGAGAGAUCAGCGUUCCUCAACGAGCUGAACUUCCCCAACCUCCAGACCUCCCUGAACAACCAUCACAUCCCCCAGGGACACGGAUUUGCAUUGCCAGGGAACCAUAACGUGGGCACCGUGCACAACAGCCUCAACAGCCUCAUUGCCCGCGCCAACGAGAAGCAGGCCAAUCAGAGGACAGACUCUGCCCAGCAUCACCAUAGCAACCACAGGGCAGGCCCCAUUGAGCUCCCGCGUACAGGGUUCAGUGAGACUGCAGAGGAUCAUGGGAAGGACCAAGCCAAUAAUGAUCUGAACUCUCAUAGCAGUGAGGAGACCUCAGUGGAGGAGGUGAUGGGGGUACCCGGGGGGUAUCGUUGGGUCAUGCUGCCCCCCACCAACUACCCCCUUCUCAGCCCUCAGCCCUACAUCUCCCUGGAGACAGAGAACGGGGAGGACAGGAGCGAAGAGAACAUUGUGUACCUUUGAGGAACAUUGUGUCCCUUUGAGGAACAUUGUGUACCUUUGAGGAACGUUGUGUACCUUUGAGGAACAUUGUGUACCUUUGAGGAACGUUGUGUACCUUUGAGGAACAUUGUGUACCUUUGAGGAACGUUGUGUACCUUUGAGGAACAUUGUGUACCUUUGAGGAACUUUUUGUACCUUCAGUUCCAGGGCAGACUGACAUGUGGACCAAACUUCAAAACCUGACUGCAUUUCAGCUUUACUGUGGAAGUCAGUGGGUUUCAGUUGACUCCCAGUUGACUCCCACUCAAAUGUCAAUGUGUCUUUGUAAAUAUUUGCCUGUAUAGAAUUUAUAAAUACAGUAUAUAUGAGGGAAAUAUAUAUUUGUUAAAAGUUGUCUUCAGUACUUAGCUUGUAAAAGUACAUGCAAACGUAAUUGCAUUUAUUUGUAUUUCUCAUAUUGGGGGCGACAUGUGCUCAGGCAGUAAGAGCAGUCGUCUGGCAGUCGGAGGGUUGCCGGUUCGAUCCCCCGCCCGGGCUGUGUUGAAGUGUCCCUGAGCAAGACACCUAACCCCCAAAUGCUCCUGACGAGCUGGUCGGGGCCUUGCAUGGCAGCCAAUUGCCGUCGGUGUGUGAGUGUGUGUAUGAAUGGGUGAAUGAGAAGCAUCAAUUGUACAGCGCUUUGGAUAAAGGCGCUAUAUAAAUGCCAACCAUUUACCAUUUACCAUAUUGUAUAAGCUGAGCUUGCAUAUGGGUUCUUCGUAUGGGAAACCCGUGCCUAAGUUCCUAAAUUAUAUACUGCAAAAAAUAUCAUACAAAGUUAUUUCUUUAAUAUCAUUUAAAUAAUAAAUAAUAUCAAAGAUUAGUGUUUCAUUUUUAAAAGAAAUAUGGUCUUUUAAAUAUAUGGUCUUUUAAAAAAUCUUUAAAAAACUGUCUUUUUUUCUCAGUUUGGUAUCAUUUUAUUCCUUACAAUUAUUUUUCUGAAUAGAAAAUUAUUUAAUCACUGCAAACUAAUGGGGCCAUGUAAGAAAUAUUUCAUUGUAAUAAGAAAUGUAAUUAAAUGUACACAUUUGAGAAAAUUGGAACGUUUUGUCACCAGUGUGACCACUGUGCCUUUCUAUACAAACAUUCUUAAUCAUUGUGAUGUCGCUCCUUUCCUGCUUGGUUUGUUAUGAGAUAGAGUGAUCUUAUGUGUCAUCUCUGUUGAAAUUGACCUUGGAUCACUAAAAAGAUUAGAAAGCUUAAUUCUUAAUAUGUGUGGCAAGUUGCACAAAAUUGAGAGCCGUUGUUAUGAAGUCUGUUAGAUUAACACUAAUGUAAAUGUAGCUGUUGUAUUUCACUUAAAACUCUCUCUUGGCUUGUUUUUCCACUGUGCACUGAGUUGUCUCCUUUUCACCUGAGCCUGAGUCUCAGGUACUGAGAUGGGUGUAUGGAUGUAGUACCUCUAUGCUGAAAGUCUCAGGUACUGAGAUGGGUGUAUGGAUGUAGUACCUCUGUGCUGAAGGUCUCAGGUACUGAGAUAGGUGUAUGGAUGUAGUACCUCUGUGCUGAACGUCUCAUGUACUGAGAUGGGUGUAUGGCUGUAGUACCUCUAUGCUGAAAGUCUCAGGUACUGAGAUUUCACCUCAUUGCAAAAUGUUUGCAACAUGCCUAAUGUUACUUUGCUUUUGUAAUAAGUAUAAUUCAGCUUGUACAUCUUUCAGGAUAUGCUGACAAUGCAUUCUGUGAUGGCAGAUGGCAAAUGUGUCAAUUCUUCGUUUUUUUAUAUAUAUAUUUAUUUAUGAUGUUAUUUUUUUACUGUAUAAAUGUUUAUAGUUUCCUGUACCAAAUUAUUGCUGUUUUAACCCAGUUCAUAUACAUUGAAAACAUUGAAACAUGAUCAGUCAGUUGUUAAAAUUGCCUCUUAUUUUUAUUUCUUUAUUGCUUUGUGUUUUUGUUUGCCAAAUGAAAAAGCCAAAUGCCAAAGUCACAGAUGCCUCUGACACUUUUUUCAGUUUUGAGUUUAUCUGCAUUAGUUUGUAUGGACAACCCAUGGAUUAAGGCACACAUUUGGUGACAUGUUCUUUUCAGCAAAUGCAUUUUUUUCCACUACAUUAAUAUGAUAUUUAUUAUUUAGAAAACUUCUGUCUUUUUCCUCUCCUGUACUGUUUGUACAGAUGGGCUCAGUGCAGAUUUUAUAUUGUAACUCUCUGCUGCUUCAGACAUGUCAAUCAAUCAGUUCAAAAUAUUUUGCUGAAGCUCUGAGCUUCAAAAGAAAUGAAUGUGUCUUUCCAAAGCACGGCAGAAAAAAAAAGACGUUUUAUAGAUUUCUACAUUCCAAAAACUUUCAGAAACUCUCAUUGUUCAUUUACUUCUAUUUCUACUUCCACCAUAUAUUGUAUUAUGCUGUUGAAGGCUGCAUUCUGUGGAAGCCAUCUUUCAGGAUAGCACUCUCUAGGCCUUAUUCAAUGGUAGUUAUAAAGGACUUAAUUCUACACACCAGCUGAGAGUGAAGUGGCUUCAUAAUAGGUGAAAUUCUCUGUUGAUAACAGUCACCUUCAAUCACUCAGUGAUACUAAGCCUCUGCAGUUUACAGAUCACUCCUACAUUCAGUGUUCAAGCUGUGUGAGCUGAGUGUGAUCAUCCCCUACCAUCCCACUCUUUAUAGUAAUUAGGAGCAUUAGCAGAGAAAAUCAGGUGUGUGUUUGUACAUUUCUUCCCUUGUGGCAUGUUUGGGCUUCCUCUGGUCACCGUGACUAAUACAUCAUAUUAUGAAGCGACAGUUUAUACAAUUAAUAUUUUUACACUGCCUACAAUGUACAUCAUUAUUAAGGGUCCUUCAUGUUAGUGCAGGUGUGGCAAAGUACUGUUAUUACCUUCACUAAGGACAAAAUGGCUGUACAGUGGAGAGAAAGUGAGCAGAGUCAAGCAGUGAGGUUAGUGCCAACAGUAAAUACAGGAAAUGUAGUGCAGUUUGUGUCACAAAUAUGCGAUUAGGAUUUGUCCCUCUAGGUGUCAUAUGCACGCAUUGACAUGCUACUGCAACAUAAAGGAGCUUCUAGUUACCUCUUCACCUCCAGCUAUAGCAGUCCUAUAUAAGAGAUCAAAGACAAGUAUUUAAUUUAAUUCCCAUUUGAAAGGAGUUGGAUGGUUUGAAAUACCAUUCAAUCAGCAUCAUUCAAGAGGUUAGCACAAAACAUACUUAAAAAGAAGGCAUUGGUAUUUCUGUUCGGCUGGUUUUUCUUUUUUUUUGUGCUUUUUUGUCUUUUGGAGUGUGGUGAUAGGAGGAGGUCUGGCAUUGUUGUGUUGCCAUGGCAACUGCAUAGGUUCUGUAAGCUUAACAAGAUCAGAACAGAUGUAUAAGUGCACACUUUUGUGAGUCGAUAAUUAAAGCACUGAACACUGAAAAAUACAGAUCAGAAUUCAGUUUGACAUUUUUUGUGCCGUAGCUGUUAAUGCAAACCCUAGUCAAACAUAGGCCUUCUAAUUAAUACACAGGAUUAGUACAAAAUACCAGAGACACCUGUUUAUAUUUUCAACCAGUGAUUUCUGUCUAACUUCUAUUUCACCACAAAUGAGUAUUUCAUGAGAAUAAAAUAGUUACAUUAAAUGUACAUGUGCAUU